GAGGGAGCGCAGAGACGUCGGGUAGAAACCGAUCGAAUAUCAAUAAACGACGAUUUAUUCCCCGUCGACGCAUCUUGACAAAACUGAAUCGACCUGCUGAAAUCGCGUGAGCUAAUUCGAGAUACCGUUUCGUUCGAGAAAGCCUGGAGUCGAGUUACGAGACUUGAAAAACGCACCAUCACUCCUCAUGGCUACUAACAGUGAGAAAGCAUUUUCCUAGCAUAGGAGAAGAACCUCGUAUCCAGGGAAGACUUGGUUACGAGUGUAGAAGGCUGCGAGACGUGGUCGGGACGCAGUUCUGAAUUUUUAAACGAUUCGUCUGUUUUUUUGAGACAAUUUCAACGCUCACUGUAAAGAGAAUCGAAACGCAUAGACAUUCAACGUGCAGUUUCGUCAGUGUUUUUCGUCUCGUAAAAACAUAAUUUCCCACAAUUCUCUCCGAAGUGAAUCAACCGUGUUUAUUAAGAAAAUUUAUCCGAUCGAGUAUAGUUAUGUGUUCCAUAAAAUACAGCAAGCAGUUUCUCAGCUAUCGCAUACUAAAAUCAAACCGGUUCAAAUACAUCUGACGAUACGGACUCGGACUAAAUUGUUGUAUUAGUGCGCUAUAGUGUCUUAGCCCUAUUUGUGAUAGCUGCGGUUCCCUCAUCGCAGCCUCGCAUGACCUGGAAUGUCUUGCGAAGAUCAAAUACUAAGCUUCGAAUGAACAAGAGCUGGGAGUUCAUCCAUCUCGACUAAAAUCAACUGGAAGAAAAUUGCAAGCGAGCUUUGGCGAAAGAGGAAUUAUCGAUCCCUUGAAAGUCGUUAGUUAGGCGAAGGUUUCAGGGUCGAAAUAAAGAGAAAAAAAAAGUUUCAAGCUUGCUUCGAAGAAAAUUAAGCGGUAGAGAAGAAGGAAAGGAGAGGAGAAAAAAGAAUAAACCAUAACAUCAGAAACGUUACUAUUACUCGUUCAGUAAUCAUUAAUUAAAAGUAAUACUAUCAUAUAUAGCGUAUAUGAGCGUGGCGCGCCGAUAAUUUUAUUUCUUGUCAAUACGAUCGUAAAGAAGGCAAAAUAUAUUGUCGGUAAAAACUCGCUUUUCCCGGGCCCCGAGUCCACCACUCGGGAUCCACCAAAAACCAGCCCCAAAUCUCGAUCUAAGACCGGGGCCAGAGGUAAGAAAUUGAUAAAGUACCGAUUUAACAUCCGGGAAAAGUUCAUUGCCAUACCCGACAAGAGAUAUAAAUAAAAAACCAAAAAACAAACACAUCUGCACGUCUUUGAGGUACCGGAAGGAGAAAAAAAAACUUCCCGAAAAAUAUAAUACCGUAUCUCGAAAGUUUCGAAAGUAAAAAAAUGAUCCUUUACGUUCCUGGCAGAAUGCCAACCCACGUUAGCCCCUACGGCGUGGCUCGCUACCCGGGCAGCUUCCUGGGCAGCGCUCCUGCGGGCUAUCAAAGCCUGGCGAACAGCUUCUCCGGCGUACCGGUUUCCACCAACCACCCUAAUCUGAGCCUGCACCACCCUAGGCCGAAUUUCUCGGCGUGGCCGCAUAGGAUGCCCGUCGAGGAAGAGCUGGGGACUUCCCCGCCAGCAGGACUCCCUAGCCUCGGGGCUUCCCCGAACUGCAGCCUCGGCACCGCGGGUCCUCCGAGUCCAGCCCACAGCGAUUCGGACGCUUCCAGUUCCAGCCUGGAACUCGGUUCCGUGCGGAAAGGAGAGAACACGCAGCUGAAAUGCAGGUGGAUAAAUUGCGGCCGGUGGUUCACAUCCCUGGAACAACUAGCCGGACAUGUUGCGAGAUUGCACGCUGCUCCCGGGCCGAAAGGGCUAUUUUACUGCGGUUGGGAAAGCUGCGCGAGAGGCGAUCGCGGAUUUAAUGCCAGGUACAAAAUGUUGGUACAUGUCCGCACUCACACGAACGAGAAGCCGCACCAUUGCUUCCAGUGCGACAAGAGCUUCAGCCGUGCGGAAAACUUGAAGAUUCACGCCCGUUCUCACACCGGUGAACGUCCCUACGUCUGCCCCGUAGAAGGGUGCAAUAAAGCGUAUUCAAACUCGUCGGAUCGUUUCAAGCAUACGAGAACACACGCGGUGGACAAGCCGUAUUGCUGUAAAGUGCCCGGUUGCCCGAAGAGGUAUACGGAUCCGUCAUCGCUGAGGAAGCACGUGAAAACGUACAGACAUUACGUAAACAACAACGACAAGAUGCUGCAGGUGAAGAGUUUCGACGAUAAUAGUAGCCAGGAAAAGAUGAGCUUAGUCAAGUCCGAGUCGGAUAAGAAGGAUUCUAGCAUCGAAAGCAACACGAGUUUAAGCCCGAAGAUGAGCUACAGCUUCGAGGAACAACAAAAGUUUGUCGAAAGGAACAAUUUUUACAACCUUGAACAGCAGGAUCAGGACCAUCAAGUUACGCCGUCGAAAUUCGAACAGGAUGUGAAAAUUUAUCCAAGAAUUUACGACGAGAAUUACAUCUUACCACAGAGAAUUCAAGUGAAUCCGCUCUACAGGCAGAGUCCAAGCAACGACGUAUCACCGCCCCUUACUAGUCCGCCCCAAGAAAUAUUUCCCAGAAUCACCAUGCAGUCGACGCCCAUAAAGAUCGAGGAGCCGAGCGUAUGUCCGAAAACGACGACCGUCGACUACCGAAACAUUGAUUCGAUCGUGAACAGCACGCCGAAAAAGGAAUCGUCGAUUUGCGAAGUGAGAAAUUCUGUGAUAAGGAGAGCCGAGGAUGUGAAGAUGGACGUUGAACAACAGACGGACACCAAAGAAGAAAAAAGCGAAUGCUGCUGCCGCCGAAAAUGUUGCAUUCACGACAACGACAGCAUACUUAAAAAGACGAAAAUUCUCUCUGAUCUGAUUCUAAAGACGCAAAACCCGCUGUUUAGGCAUCUUCUGGGAACGGUUGACUUGCAAUACGGCCUUCAAAACAUGUGGAAUAAUAUGGCUGACACGACAAAUACUUGCGGGCAAGAUUUGAGGGUAAAGAAUAACGACACCGUUACCGAAAUGGAACAAGAUCUACCUUUAGAUCUGACGAUUAACAAGUAAUUACAUGAAUAUCGUGCCUACCAAAUACUGUAUAUUCAAGAUUGAAGUCUCUUUCAGUUAACACAAUUCACCUGAACGAAUAGCGAAUGUUCCACCAUGGGAAAUGUACAUGUAAAAAAACUGGAAAAAGAUAAUCGAGCAUUCGUUAUUCGACGGGUGCCUUAUGAAAGGGAUUUCAAUCCAUCUAACCGGUGUACAAAUUCCGUAACUGUUUUGAUCAAAUAGUAAAGCCAAAUAUAUUUAAACGUGUAAGAAUCGAUCGGAUAUAUUCGACAAUCAAAUAUGAUUUGCUCAAUAUAAUCUACUUGCCUUAUCAUGCCUUAACUGUUAAGUUACAAUACUACGCUCCAAGUUUGUGCCAAAAUGUUGUCACGCACCACUAGCUUAUAUAGUCGAGCACUGUUAUGUAAUAUACUCAACAUGUAUAUACAUAUGUUCACACGUAUAGGCGACAUAUAUGUAUAUAUUUACAAGCGUUCAACUCACACGAUGAAAAACAAAAGUGAGCAACAUUUUGAAUUAAUAUCUUUGUGUAUUUAAGUAAAAUAUCAAAAAAGUGCCUUAUUCUGUGAGAAAAGCUGUAUAACAAUGUGACUAGCUAAUAAACCGUAUUAUUUAUAUGAAAACUA